GUGAUUUCAUUUUCACGCUUUUGGGACCAUGCUAGAUUUGGAGGAAUACAUUCAAACAGAAGAACCAGGGCUGUUCAGCAACAAGCGCCGAUGUAGAGAUAGCCCCCAACAAGUAUGGCGGAGUAUUACGUGAAUUCAGGAUUUGAUGACGUCAAAGAAAAAGAAAAUCAGUCUGACAAAGAAAGAAGCUCAACGUUCUCCGUAACCUCUAAACCCGGUCUCCUUUACGACCCCAAUGCAUCGUGUAUUAAGGAGAAACUUUCGCCCCUAGAAAGCAAGGAAAGAAACCAUCUUUUUCUAAAUCCACUCGACCUCGACAAAGAAAAUGAACCCAAUAACACAAAGGAGACUACAACUGAGUACAGCCCAACUACAAUAGAUAAUGGUUCUAAAGAUAAAGAAUCAGACAAAAACAACGAGGGAAUAUCUUUAAAUUCAAACUUCACCAAGUUUGGAAAAGAAAACGCAAGUAAAUUGUUGGACUAUGUUUGUGUGCCUGUGAAAGAUUUUAUAUCAGAAGAUAAACAAAAUGGGACUCAGAUUUCUAUUCCAUUACAGACAUUUGCAAGUGGGUCGUACAAAUCUGUGCCCAAAGACCACAGUGGGUCCAAUGUCUAUGAAGAUUCUGAAACUCAUGAGCCCGUUUCCGAUAGAAACGGCGACAAUUGUGAAGUUGAAGAACAAGAAGAACAGAAUCAGCAAAGAAAAACUCUCAUCCUAACCAGAUUCAAACUAGCCGCACAAAUCUCGUUAAUAUUGCUAUUCUUUUGUUAUUUUACCCUUGCUCUGGCGUGGAAUUUUGACAAGGCCAUCCCACUGUUGGUGAUAACGAUUCUGGUAAUGCUUUGGGUAACUAGGAGAUUGUUAUGGCGAGUUUACAGUAGGACCGUGCCAAAUGUCUGCACCCCGUGUGUAGAGACAAUGGGGAAACGGAUAAAAAGCUUCCAAAAGAUAAUUUCCUCAUUUCUUGGACGGCGAUACGUUAAGAUAUCAACUGGCGACCCGUGGUGUGGGGCUUGGGUCUCCAGAUGGCGCUGGCUCUCCUUAUACACCGCACAGAGGUCGGGCAGUCGACCUUCACCUUUCUCGGACGCCAAAUGGAAAUUUUUCUGAACUACGUCUUGGCGGGCGUGUUGUUUGUCUUUGGAGAAAACUACGAGAUGUUCUUCUUUGUGUUCAAAAUGAUGCCAGUCAUGGUGUUCCUGAGCUCAGUUAUCUCCAUCUUGUACUUCCUGGGCGCCAUGCAAAUGAUCAUCAACGUCAUCGCCAAGGUCAUGUCCUUCACCAUGGCAACCACAGCCGCCGAGACGACCAGCACUGCCGCUUGCCUCUUUCUUGGACAGCCCGAGGCCUCCCUGACCAUAAAGCCGUACCUGGAGCUGAUGACCAGGUCUGAGCUGUUCGCCAUUUUGACCGCCGGGUUCGCCUCCGUCUCAGCAGACAUGUUUUCUCUCUUUGUCCACUACGGGAUGCCAUCUUCCCACAUCAUAUCGGCGGUGUUGAUGUCAGCCCCGGCCGGUAUGGCUGUCUCAAAGCUCAUCUGCCCAGAAGUAGAGGUAUCUCGCACAAAAAAGCUUGACAAGGAGCAAAUGAAAAUGAAACAGGCACACAACAUAGUAGACGCCGCGGCAGGCGGGGCUCAGGACGCCAUAUCCAUCGUCGCCUCCAUACUCGCCACCAUCAUCGCUUUCCUCAGCAUCUUCUCCUUCAUCAACGCCGUCAUCGGUUAUCUUGGCUCUCUCGUCAACAUAGAAGAUCUCAGUCUUGAUACACUAAUGUCGUACCCUCUGAUGCCCGUGACGUAUCUGAUGGGCGUGGCCUGGGAAGACUGUCGUUCCAUUGGCGAGGUUGUGGGACUCAAGACUUUCAUCAACGAGCUCGUGGCUUACAAGCGAUUGUCUAAAAUGUCCCAGGAGGGACGUAUUAUCUCGAAACGUUCAGAGCUCAUCGCAACGUACGCGCUUUGUGGCUUCUCCAAUCCUACAUCAGUGGGUGUGGCUUUGGGCGGGCUCUCUGCCAUGGCGCCCAAUAAAAGAAAGGUCUUGGCCAACAUAAUCCUGAUGUCGUGGUUGGCAGGAUGUUUAUCGUGUUUCAUGACUGCCGCCUGGGCAGGCCUUCUAUACCAGGAAGCUGUCGACGGUGCAGGUACCCAUAGCAACGUGACGACGACAACGUGAAUGAGCCCAGACAGCUACCUGUUCCCGAAGAAUGAUCACGCAGCUGACAGAAAUCAACUAAUACAUGAAGAUGUAACAGAUGACGUUAUGUGAUUUUUCUGUAUGUUUUUUUGCUUUUUGUUUUUAUGUUGAAAGGGGGGGGGGGGUGUCCAAUCAGCGGAUUGCUUGGUCUUGUUGGGUUGUUUGCAUUUUAGAGCUAAAUCGUCUUCAUGUACCAUGUUCCAAUUUGCUGAAGUACAAUUGUUAGAUACGUAGAAAAAAGUGUCAACAUGGUAUUAAUCGUUAUAUUUUCAAAAGAGAAAAAAAAGAAAGGAAAGAAAAAAAUAUCCAACAAACAAAACAAAAUUCUCAUCAAAACAAGGAAAAAAUUGUUUGGAUGAUUAUAACUAGGUUAUCUUGACAAAGCCCUCAGCGGCGAAACGUUGAAUAUAUUAUACAUUUUGAAAUUCUUCAUAGUCUCUACCAUUUUUGUUUUUGUCUUUUUGAUGUCU